AUGAGACGAGCGCUCCCUUAUCCUGAGAAAAUUAUGGCUCAGAAAAUCAUGGGGGAAUCACCUAAAACUAGAAGACGGACCAAUUCUAAAUCAGAGAAAAAGAGACCAUCAUUCUCUAACAAUACCUCACCAUGGGUUAGAAGAAACUCAUUUCUAUCCAAUGCCAUGAUACAAAGUGAGAAUAUCUCGGUUUAUGAAUCACCUAACUAUUAUCACGAUUGCUCAAGUUAUAACAUUAUAUCAUUAAAAGAGUGUCAAGGAUUCAUUUUUAACCAAGAUUUAUUUGCAUCACCAUACCAACAAUCCAAGAGCUUAGCCAAUGAGAAAAAAUAUAGAAGUAGUUUUAGUCAUAAACCUAAAUCGAGGACCAACUCCUUAAGACGUCAUACUUCGGUUAAUAUGGACUUACCCAAUUUUAACAGUUCAAUUUUACAAGGUAAUGCUAUAGAUGAUGAAGAUAGUGACCAUCAUACUCCUAAUAAUACCAGUCUACCCUUAGAUUCUGUAAACCAGACGAUUGAUCAAUUUGAAAAUACCACUGUGGAUAUCUCAUUAUCCGAUAACGAAAUGCAAGAAUAUGAAGAAUCUAAUGACUCUUAUAAAGUGAGAGUUACUGAGAUAAUUGUUAAUGAAAAUGAUGACUUCUUUAAAUAG